GUUUGGAGAGGAGCACUCUCGGCUUGUGGUUGGCAGCGAGGCGGUGGUCAACUGGUGGACUGUGGGGGCAGAUGGGGCCACAGGGCAGAAAAGAGGCCCUGGAGGCAGGUUGCCCGAGGGGAGAACGCCGUUGGAUGGUCUACCACAGAAAUCCGGAAGGAGAAAUCCCGGGAUGCGGCACGAUGCCGGCGCAGCAAAGAGACAGAGGUGUUCUACCAGCUGGCUCACACUCUGCCCUUUGCCCGUGGGGUCAGCGCCCACUUGGACAAGGCCUCCAUCAUGCGGCUGACCAUCAGCUACCUGCGGAUGCACAAGUUGCUGAACUCUGGAGAAUGGAGAGAUGAGGUGGAGGCAGAAGAGCAGGUGGACGCCUAUUACCUGAAGGCCCUGGAUGGCUUCCUCAUGGUCCUGACCGAGGAAGGGGACAUGAUCUACCUUUCCGAGAACGUCAACAAGCACCUGGGCCUCAGUCAGCUGGAACUUAUUGGCCACAGUGUCUUUGACUUCAUUCAUCCCUGUGAUCAAGAAGAGCUGCAAGACGUAUUGAGCCCCAGGCAGGGUUUCUCAAAGAAGAAGGAGGUGAAGACCGAGCGCAACUUCUCCUUGCGCAUGAAGAGCACUCUCACCACCAGGGGGCGCACCGUCAACCUCAAAUCUGCCACCUGGAAAGUGCUGCAUUGCGCCGGCCAUAUGCGGUCCUACGUGCCUGCCAAGCCAGCAGGAGGGAAGGAGACAGAAGGCAGCUUCGUGGAGCCCCCUUUACGGUGUUUGGUGCUGAUCUGUGAGGCUAUCCCGCACCCUGCCAACAUCGAGACGCCCCUGGACAGUGGCACCUUCCUCAGCCGCCAUACAAUGGACAUGAAGUUUACCUACUGCGAUGAGAGGAUUGCCGAGGUGGCUGGUUACACACCUGAAGACUUGCUUGGCUGCUCCAUUUAUGAGUAUAUCCACGCCUUGGACUCUGAUUCUGUCAGCAAGAGCAUCAACACCCUGCUGAGCAAGGGGCAGGCGGUGACCGGGCAGUACCGCUUCCUGGCCAGGAACGGCGGCUACUUGUGGACCCAGACACAAGCCACUGUCAUCUCCAGCAGCAAAAACUCCCAGCCUGAGAGCAUCGUCUGUGUCCACUUCAUCCUGAGCCAGGUGGAGGAGAUGGGAUUGGUGCUAUCCUUGGAGCAGACUGAGCGGCAAGGGGAACAUCGCCGGCUGCCCCCGCCCUCCCUCGAGGGAUUGGACUCUGACGGGGCCCUUGAUGAGCUGGACCCCAAUGGGGGAGACACGAUUAUCAACCUCAGCUUCGAGCUGCGUGGCCCAAAGGUCCUGGCCUUCCUGCGUCCUGCCAACAUCAGCGAGGAGGAACUGCAGCUGGACCCCAAGCGCUUCUGCAGCCCCGACCUCCAGAAACUGCUUGGCCCCAUCUUCGACCCCCCUGGGGCCCAGAACCAACCGGCAGGGACUUUGCGGGCAAGGCCUCCAGCCCUACUGCCCAAGCCUGCUCCCAUUGCCAAGAACACCUCUGGAGGCAGCAGCCCAGUAAACCCAGUCGAGCUGCCAGAAGAGCUGCUUUUUGACAUGGAGAAUGUCCAGAAGCUCUUUGCUUCCAACAAGGAUGUGCGGUCAAUGGAGACAGCGCUGCAGGAUUACGAAGGCUUGGACCUGGAGAUGCUGGCCCCUUACAUCUCAAUGGACGACGACUUCCAGCUCAGCAGCACCGACCACCCGCCGUGGCUGGCUGAGAAACGUGGGGGGGGCCCAGGGGUGGGAACCCGGCCAACCUCGCCACCCCCACGGCCUCGUUCGAGAAGCUUCCAUGGGGUGUCCCCCUGCCCGCCUGAACCAGCCACUCUCCCUCGCUGGGGCAGUGAUACCAGCCUGAGUCAACCCCGUUCUGUCCAGCCACCAGGGAGUCUCCAGUGCGGAGCAGAGCAAGUAGUGGAGAUGGUGGCAUCUGUCAAGAUUCAGGCUGUGCAGGAUGGGAACAGUCAAAAUGGCCAGGUGGCCCCCUUGAGCGGUAGGAAGAGGGCCCGAGAUCUGAGCAUGGAGGAAGAGAGGGAUCUCAUCCUGGAGGCAGGGCUCCCUAAGCGUGCCCGUGGCCAUGAGUCUGAUGGCUUUCUGAUGCCCUCCCUUAGCCUGGGAUUUCUGCUGAGCGUGGAAGAGUGUUUGGAUGCCAAGUCUGAGCGGGGCUACGGGGGCACUGUGACAUUGGGCAGGAAGCUUCUGUCGCUGGAGGAGCCAAUGGGCCUCUUGGGUGAUAUGCUGCCUUUUGUGGUGGAUGGACCAGCACUGUCUCAGCUGGCCCUGUACGAUGGUGAGGACGAGGCCUCUGUGCGUAGCGGAGAGCACUUCCAGCUAGGGGAGGAGCUCAUGGUGGAACUGGACCAGGCCACCUGAGGUGGCGGCCCCUGCCACCGCCACCACCGCUGCACCUUCAUCCCACACUCCUGCUCUGCAGAUGGGACAAAUGGAACCAAAUCCAACCCAAAAUCAUCCAUGAGAGGAUGAGGGGGGCGCCUUUCCCUCCUGCUCCUUUUCCACCACCACCACCCUCCGCUGUCUCUUUGCCCGCUCACCCCUUCCUCCGAUGGCAUCCUUAGAACUCUUCCUACCUCAAUCUUGUCCUCCUCACUGGGCAGCCUCUCCUCUCUGGAGAUGGCGAGGGAGGGAGGCUUAGCCAAACUUAGGAGCCUGCAUUAGUAGGCACAAUCCUACCCCCCACUCCAACAUCCUCCAAUUUGGUGCUUACAUAUGCUCUUAAAUGUUCCUGAGAUGAGAAGCAGAAGUGGGUGGCAAAAAAGGGGGGUAUUUUAAGCAUUCAGUCCAGUCUUUAUACAGGAAGAGUCAGUUCUGUUAAAUUCCCAGAGUAAGAGACAAGAGUAACAACUAAGAAACCUGUCCCAGGGAUAGUCAGGGUUACAUACAGGAGUACAGUUUGCCCCUUCGGGGCACAGAAUCCAUUAUGCUAUUCCCUGUCCCCACAAGGGGGGAGAACCAUGAACAUGAAAGGGGCGAUUUCCCCACCCAUUCCUGAAGAAACUGGGACCAUCCAAAGUUGAGAGGUUAAGAGUGUGUGCUCUUGUGUCACAAAUGACUUUUGGAGGAGUGUUAAUGACUUCUCUUGCCUUUCUCUUUGAUUUCCCAGAAUCCUUCAGGAUCCUCUUUGGUGGCAGCACCUUACUAAUUUACCUCAGCAAAGCUCUUCCCUUAUGAAAGAUAAGGGAGGUGUGGAGCACUUCUGGGAACCUGAGAGGGACACUUAGCCAGGGUAGAAUUUUGUUCAGCCCCUGCUCUAUAGUCCAAAACUAUAGACCCCAAAACUUAAGAGAUACACAUGGAUUUCUCUCAGAGGAGAGGAAGGUGAUCACAGUGCUCUGGCCAUAUUUUUUGACCCAGGUUUAAAAGAGGUCUAAAUGCUUCUGAGGGUCAAGUGACCCCAACUUUUAAAACAUAGCAAAAUUGAAUGUAUUGUAGAGGGAGCAGAAACAAUGUUUUAAAAACCUAUUUUUCAAAAUAGGAUUCUAUUUCUUGUUCCUCCCUCAUGGGAUAGAUUUCUAGUCCUUAGGAAGACACACACACCUGCCUUUGUCACUGCUUUGGGGUGGUUGAGUUUGUUUUUAAAGUUCCUUGAAUCCUAAAAAUGGUGAGAUCUGUGUGGGAUACCCCCCUUCCCCCACCUACCUAUAUCUUGGCUUCUCACUAGAAAGGAACAAAAAAAAGGUAGGUUUCUAAACUCAUUGUAGCCACAGGAAGCUGGAUUUUAAAAUCUAAGAUUUUAAAAGUCCAAAAUCAGAAGAAGGCAAAGUUUAAGGAGCCCAAAUAUUGGUCACAUCUGCACAGUACUGUACAUUUAAAGCACAUGGCUUUCCCCAACGAAUCCUGGGAACUGUAGUUUAUGCCUCACAUAGCUACAGUUCCCAGCACCCUUAAUUAACUACAGUUCUCAGGAUUCUUUGGUGGAGGAAAGCCAUGUGCUUUAAAAAUGUAUGAUGUGGAUGUGACUGUUGUUUUUACAACCUGAAGCUUUUAAAGACAAUCUUUAGAAAAAGGCAGGGUUCCUGAAUUUGAAGGGGAAAAGGCUGACCUAUUUUUAAAAUUUCAAUAUUGGCAACUCAGCCAUUAAGAUCACAUUGGUUCUUAAGCAAAGUAAGUUUGCACUGCAAUCAAUGAAAAUGAGUUUCUAGGAAAUGGCAUUUUUGUCAAUAUUUCUACUUAAGCAGGGUGGAAAAUGAAAAUUUGAAGAGGAAACCUCCCUCUUUCUCUUGUUUUUUUACACCCUGAUCCUAAAUGCAUUUACACAUUGAGACUUAACAUCUGAGUAGCUGCUUGUAUAAGAUUGAGGGUUUUGCCCUUCACUCUUGGUUUUUUACAGCCUGAUCUUAUACAUGUUUACUCAGGAGUAAACCCCAUGGUGUUCAGUGGACUUACUUUACUUCUGGGUUAGCAUGCCUAGGAUUGCAGCCUUACUUGCAUCAUAUGAUAUCAGAAUGGAAAGGUUGAUCAUUCUUAGCUCCUUUUUUUUUUUUAAGUUUUGUGAUAGAAUCACAAAACCCCACAACUUGAAGUGACUAAAAUGUUUGUAUUUGGAACCAAUUUUGGUGCUUUAAAAUGAGCUAUUUUUUCAUUCUGUCCAAAAAGGAAGAGUUCUUUGUGACUCAAAAUCUUGCAAACUCCUGCACUAGCAAAUGUUGAUGAAAGAUUGAAUUGCCUUACCUCUUUUAUGUCUUUUGAUAUAAAAGGAUCACCGUAGUAUUAGCUGAUGCUCAUAGUAGGGUUGCCCCUAUUUUUAUGAGGGAUGGGGCUUCCUCUGCCUUUUAAUUGUUCCCCAGAAAAGAGAAUAUUGGCAAGUGCUGCUUCUCCUACCAUAACAUCACCAUGGCAGGCGAAGCUUUGCUGGCUGGAAUUCUCCCAUCUACGCAAUUGUUAAAAUCACUGGAAUCCUUUCCCACUGGAAUGCUGGCGACCCUAGUUAUAAGCCCAUUUGGUGGAAAAAAUUUCCCCAGUAGUCUCCAUUUUAAAACAAAAUCCUGGGUUCCCCCCCCAUUUUUAAAAAUCUCAUUAGUUUAGCUCUUGACAUCGUUACUUUAACCAUGACUUUUAGGAGUUUUGUGUAUGUUUUUAAAAAAUGGAUUUUAUACCCAGUCCCAAACCAGGCUUAAUCAGCUCAACUCACUGCUUUCCUCUACUGUCCAAAGCCCUUGCAAGAGAAAACAGAGCAUAGGAGACAGUGGAAGCCAGUGUUUCUCACUCUGUGUGUGUGUGUGUGUGUGUGUGUGUGUGUGCGUGCGUGCGUGCGUGCGCACGCGCGCUAGCCAGGCCCAUCAGUGGCUGAGCAAUUCUAGUUUUCCUCAGCCACAGUGGCUACCUGGGGAAGUAGCAGUUUUCCAGCUGGGCAGCAAGAGGGACAGGCCAAAUCUUCACCUCAGGCUUUUAUUUCCUCUCUCUGUUGCCUGCCUUCUUCCCUCUAGACAACUGAGAAAAUUUGGGGGCCCCAGAGGUAGGAGUGGGUCUGACAGCCUACAGCAGGGGUGGGGAACUUUUCUUGGCUGUUAGGCCAGAUUAUUAUCUCGCCAACUCCUGGCAGGCCAAAAUUGGCAGGUGGGAAAUUUUUAGAAGUUUAAAGAGCCAGUGUGGCAUAGUGGUUAGUGUGUUGGACUUCGACCUGGAGACCAGGGUUCGAAUCCCCACACAGCCAUGAGGCUCACUGGGUGACCUUGGGCCAGUCACUGCCUCUUAGUCUCAGAGGGAGGCAAUGGUAAACCACCUUGUGAAUACUGCUUGCCAUGAAAACCCUAUUCAUAGGAUCGCCAUAAGUCGCGAUCGGCUUGAAGGCAGUCCAUUUCCAAAGAAGCAGUGCUGGGAGGGAGAGGCGGUUUCCACUGAAUGGAAAGCUAUUCCUCCUCCUUCAGCUGAUGGGUGGGUGACAACGUGCCUUGCUCCCAACUAUGGUACAAUCAGGAGUCUACUUUAAGUUCCCGAUAGUUGUUUUCAAGCCCUGUCCUUAUUCACCCCACAUCAGGUGUAGGGCAGGUGAGUGUGGCUCCCCCAAAAUGGCCUGGCAGACCAAGCUUAGCCCGCAGGUCAGCAGUUCGCCGCUGGGUGGCACUCUGCAUUCAGUCCUUUGGGUCCUGUCCUAUAUUGCCCCACCCCCAGAAAGAGGCAGGGAGCUUCAUUCAAACAAGUUUGAUUUAGACACUGAAGUUGACAAGUAUUUGGUUAGGUCCCUGCUUACAACCCAGCUGGGGAUGCCCAUCUUGUGAAAACAGUGUGAUGCCAGGAUCAAACCUCAGUGAGGUGGGGGAGAGGAGGCAAGAGCGUGCCCUCUCUCUCUUUUCUUGACGAGCCGCAAUGAGAACUGCAGUCUGAGUGGGGAAAAUGCCACCCUUAAACCACUUUUGCCUCGUUGACCAUUCACCUGUGCCUUCAAGUUGACAAUUUCACCAGCACCAAAAACAACACACACACAGAAAAGCCAACCAACCCCUUCCGAUCUCUUCCGGGUUGGUGAGGGCGACGGUCAGUGGCACGGGAGAAUGGGGGGGGGGAAUGGGCUGCAGAUUUCCCCAGAUCCCUAGUGAAGGUGCCCCCCCCAUCUUCAACUAGCAAGGAAAAAGAGGCGAGGGGAAAAACAUGCCCUGUGCGACUACCUCCCUUUUCCUAACAUGCUUCCUCUCCCCACAUUUGCUUUGUGUUAACUUCCAAGCUGUUCACUAUGAAAAGCAAGGAGGUUGGCAGGGUAGGUGGGGGGAGUUGUUGGGGUGGUGAAAAGAGGGGAAGCCCCACAUUGGGCACCAAGAUCUAGGAACACAGGCUGUUCAAUUUCAUUGCGAGCAAAACACACACAUGCACACACACACAUAUAUAUAUAGACACAAAUGCACCAAUGCAUUAACAAGCAUGCGCAAUCUCACCAUGACAGGCCGCAGUCGGCUCAGGCAGCUCUUUUUUCAAAAGCCGCACUUGACAACACGCACAGAACAAUAGAAUCUCCAAGCCAGGUGAAGAACACGGGAUGUUGCGUCUCUCUCUCGCUCUCUCUAAUUAUUAUUAUUGUAAUUGUCGCUGUUCUUAUUCCCGGCUGUGGGGGGGGGGUGUCUUGCAUUCUCCCCCCCUUUCCCUGCUAGCCUGUUGUUGUCCUUUUUUUAAAAAAAAUGGUUUCGUUCUGUUUCUUUUUCAAGAGACUGUGGUGAAAUGACUAUGGCACCGUCUUUAUUAUUAAUGUUGUUAUUGUAGGGUUGUAGCUUUUUAAUUUCUUGUCUGCCCCAAAGCCGGACACUGUGUCCACUGCCAUCGCCCUCCUUUGAAUUUUAACAAGUCCUGCUACUUUUUUAAAAGGGGGAGGGAGGGGUUGUGUCUCUUUCUCUUCACUCCUGUGUCCAGCACUUGUUCCACAAACCUCACCCCUCUGUUUUCUUUCUAAGGGCAGCUUCUCUUGCCUGCUCAGUGGCAUUCCUUGUGUGGCAGCCACAAAUCCUGCCACACCUACUUCUGGGGACAUGUCAUGCAGAUUUAACAUGAGGUGCUAAUUGACACAUAAGCUGUGAUGUUCUGUCCCUGGUAGUAGUUUUAAGGCCACACAGUGGCCAUGGUGCUCUUUCUUCACCUCCCUACACCUGUGACAGUUGUGAACCUACAGAAGAGGCCGUGGCGGCCAGCCCACCCUCACCCACCCCAUCCUUACUCAGCUCUGACCUCAUAUUGGCAACUGGUAGCCAUACCCAAGUGCCAUGGUGCUCAGCUCACUUGCUUCCUCUCUUUGACACACCAUGAUUGUGAGGCCACAGUCUGUGGCUGUGGUGAUAGGGCCACACGGAGGGUUGUACCGCCUCUUUCUGGAAGGGCUUUCAAGUCUGCAUGAAAGGCAGAAUUUCAGCAAGUUGCCAAGGACAGACCUGGAGAGAGGUCCUGAGCUGUUUAAUGGUGGCAUCCACAGGAAAACUCAGCUGUGUGCAGCUAUUGCAGCACUGGGAUGGGGGAAAGCAACACCUGAUGAAAUUCUGCCUUUUAUGUAACUCAUAAAGUCACAAGGGCCCUUUCAGGGUCUACACCUGGCAAACUGAAGCCAAGUUUUUUGUCGUUGUUGAAUUGUCCUCCGCCACCACCAUGCAGCUGCAUGAAGGGAUGAGGAAGGGGGCAAUCUUAUACCCAAAGAACAGAAGACUGUGUCUAGUGGCCAUUGCAGAGCCGCUAGUGAGGCCCUGGUGCUCUGCCCCUCCGUUCUGCGGUUGUGGUGGCUGGGCUGCACAGAGGACGUGGCCCUCUUCCUUCCCCCUGUUGGUGGCUGCUAGGCAACCCAUGAUGACUCCCCUUGUGGUAAACCUAUUGUGUGUAGGGGGCCGUCUUAUUUAAAUACUCCUUGGAUAUAGCACUGUACUAAAUGCACACAUAAGAGACACAACCCCUUCCCCCUCCUCGGCCACGCUUACACACGCACAUUGCUCCCUCGCCCCAAAGAUUUGUCAUGCCAGCUAGCACUGUGAGAUCAGUGGCUUUCAAACUUCUUCUGAGGAACCCCUUUAUCCCUCAAAGAGAGAAAUAAUGGUGGACGAGCCGUCCUGAAAGACAAUGUGCCUGCCAGUACUGACUGGCCUGCCCCUGCUACAGGCGCACACAGGAGAGUGCUGUGGGUGGGUUCUAGGCCACACAGUUCAACUUUGGGGAUGGUUCCGACCAGGGCCAUGCGUGACCUGAACAUGAACCAGAAUCCUUGGCAAUGAGGGGAGGGGAUUCCCUGAAGGCCAAACGUUUUGAAAACCACUGAGCUUGACAGUCUUGGAUAAGACAAGGCCAUGGCCGUACAGAUUUGAAAGUGGAGGCCUACUGCAAUUUUAAGUGCCUCGACAAGGGAUUCCAUCCAGUGUUCCUACUCAGGAGCAGGCCCAUUGAAAUGAGUGGUCAUGACUAAGUUGGAUCCAUUUAUUUCAGUAGGUCUGUGCUUAGUGAAACCCCUGGUUUCCAGGUUUGAGAAUGCCAGAAGCUUUGAAUUUACUCUUAAAUUAGGAGUACCGUUUGUGAGAUCUGAGGAAAAUUGUCAGUUGAGCCCUGUUUGCCACUAUUUUUCUGAGAAACUAUAAUAGUACAUUAAGGAAAAUUCUUUGAUGGCUUAGUUGUGUUAUAUGUGCUCAAGUCAUUGGAGACUGUAGAAAUAAAUUCUGAAGUAAUGGCAGUCACUAGGUCAGCCUUCCGCAACCUGGUGCCCUCCGGCUAUUUUGGACUAGAACUCGCAUCAGUGGCCAAGCUGGGAGUAGUGGUCCAAAACAGCUGGAGAGUGCCAGGAUGGGAAAGGCUGCAGUAGGCAAAAAUGGUACAGAAAGGGAAUGAUAUUGAAAGCUGAGGGGAUAGAACAAUAGGAAGCAAGAUCCCUCGGGAAGUCCUAUAGGUCUGUAUAGCUGUGGGCUAAAGGUACAGAAGGAUUUAAUUGGGAACACUGACAGUGAAGUAAAUCCAGACUGAGAUCUAGUAAGAUCAGACAGAUGUAACUGAAGAAGUGGGCUACAUUCAUCACCCGAAUUAUUGGCUUGGUUUUGGAGUAACUCCAUGCAGGUGUCAUUUGGGGGCGGGGGACACUACUCAACUGAGGGAUGGUACCCAAAUGUUCAGCAGGAGGGUGUGCUUUGUCAAACAGACUUCCACCUGCCUGCGUUCCAACCUCUGAUGGUAAGUAGGACUCCAUGUGAGAACGCCAGGUGGAUUUGAAAGACAGCCAUGUUGGGAUGGGAGUUGCCACUUCCAAGGAGAAUCUCUUUCUUUUUGUUGCUCUUGGUUGGGAAGUGGUCAGGCUGGCAUUCUUUGACCAGGAUACUCCAGAAUUAAUCUGCAGCUGAUUGGUAAGUAGGUCUGCACUCUGUUCAAAGGGCCAUGAAAUCAGUACUCAGUCUGUUGGUAGAGGGCUUGCUGGCUAUGACAAGAGGGUGUAGGAAGGGCUGCUUCAAAGGGGAGCAGGUUGUAGCAGGCUCCAGUGUCUGUAAAGGCUUUGGGGAUCUGUUUAUAUAUAAUUUUUUUUAAAAAAAAUGUUUCCUCUACCCUUGUGUAUGGUUAAUUUUUUCCUCUCUGUGGCGGGAUCGGAUUUGGCCCCUGCCUCGUCUGUAUCUAUCGCUGUUGUGAAACAUAAAAUACGUCUGGUAACAUA